AUGCAAUAUCUCUCAGGAUUUUUUCCAGAGGAACAUGCCCGUAUUAACAAAGAGAAAGCACCCCACGAUGCUGCUGAAGUUCAGUUACCUACUUAUACGAUCAUGGAACCACAAAAAGUUUGUAAUAAAGUCAUUGGGCAACUUGAAGAAACAACACCAAAUGGAAAAAAUUUUAAAGUGAUGAAAGUUAGAGUCGUAAGAGCACGUGAAGAUUUUGCCGAAGCUUUAAAGAGAAAGGCUGCAAUAAAAUGA